AUGGUCACCCACGUCUACCUCGGUUACAACAAGAUCGGGGUCGAGGGCGCCAAGGCACUCGCAGAUGCCUUGAAGUCCAACUGUACGGUCACCGACAUCAAUCUCGAUGGCAACGGGAUCGGAGACGAGGGUGCCAAGGCACUCGCAGAUGGUUUGAAGUCCAACUGUACGCUCACCGACAUCAAUCUCGAUCACAACGGGAUCAGAGACGAGGGCGCCAAGGCACUCGCAGAUGCCUUGAAGUCCAACUGUACAGUCACCCACGUCUACCUCAAUUUCAACAAGAUCGGGGACGAGGGUGCCAAGGCACUGGCAGAUGCUCUGAAAUCAAACAAGACCGUCACCGACAUCAACCUUUUUGACAACGAGAUCGGAGCCGAGGGCGCCAAGGCCAGGGGGUGCCCACGGGGUCUGUGA